UCACAAUUUUAACGUUUUUAUUUUUUUGUUUUCAGCGGAUUUUCCGGACUUUUAAUGAUACUUUGUUAGACGAUUUUAUUGAUAUUUUGGAUCCUUUACUUAUAGAUGAAAAGUUGUCAACGUUUAGCAGCGGAGUUAAUUGCUGGAAUUAUUGUUGGCUCAAAACUAUGGAAGUUUGAAAAAAGAGAAAAAUUGUUAAAUUGUUUAAAAGAUAAAUUGGAGGAAGUUUUAUUGAAAGUACCUCAGGAAAAUGAACAAUAUUGGGGAACUUGUAUUGGAAUUAUUUGUCGUUCGUGUGAACCACGCCAAGUUGGCUGGCUUCUUGAUUUACUUUUCAAGUUACUUAAAUCUACAACAACUAUUAGUAGUAAAAUUAAAACAAGAAUUUAUCUUCUUCAUUCUGCCUUAUACGAAUUUGAAUGGCGCGUUCCUUAUGAAUGGAAACGUUUACAUGAUCAUUGCCUUAAAUUAACUAAUAAUCGAUUCCAAAAUGUCCGUCACAGUGUUGGAAGUUGUCUGGCUACCUCUGCUAUUUUUCAUAAUAAAGAUGCGUAUUAUUAUCCAGAAAUUGAUCAGAAAUUUAAAUAUUUAAAAAUUAGUGGAAUUAUUGAUGAGAUUAAUACGAAGAUUGAGCCUUUAUGGAAUGAAGCAUUAAAUUCUAAUCAACCACAAAAUAAUAAUGUUUAUUUGAUAAGACAUUCUUCAAAUGAAUUUAAAGAAGAAAAGCUUCAUUUAUUAACAUUAAUUUCGUGCCUUUCUUCUCAUCAAUCAAUGACAGGAAAAUAUUUGGAUACUUCUUCAAUUAAGCUUUUACCGUUGUUGAUGCAUUACUCUAAUGACAGAACCAAUGAAGAACUCAGAAUUUGUUGUAUUACGUUUGUUAUGCAAGAUAUCGGUUUAUCUUUUAUUUCCAAUGAUCAAAUAGAUGUGCUAUUUGAAGUUUGUCAAACUAUUCAAGAGCAAGGCACUUGGAAGUCCAAAAUCACGCUUCUAAGAUUUUUACAAGUAUUUGUGUUUACAAAUCUUUUUAUUUUACGCGCUAAAAAUGAAACUCUUGAUCUCAUACGAUCGUUACUUCUCGAUCUUUUGGUUGAUGAUCGUUUUGAAGUACGUGAAGCGUGUGCUGAAACACUAAGUGGAUUGAUUCGAGCUGGAAUUCUUUCUGUAGAUGAACAACUUCUCGAAAGCACGGAAACGCUCUCGUCUUCACAACAAUCUAUUGAAAGACAUAGCGGGGUAUUGGCUAUGGCUUCUAUUGUUAUGGCUUUUCCGUACUCUGUCCCAUCCGUUUUGCCAAAACUGUUGAUGGAUUUGUGUAAUCAUGCAACAGAGCCACAGCCCAUUUAUGCCAGUGUUAAAUGGGCAAUAUCUGAAUUUAAGGUAUCAUUUUAUUAA